AUGAAAAAGGAAGGGACAAGAAACAUUGACUUGGGAGUGAUGAAGACUGAGGAGCUUUGGAAAGAAGGCACGAAAUUUCGCGGAAACUUCCUACAUGUGGUGCGGCCACAGCGCCAAACAGAGAUGGGUGAGGAAGUGAAGGCAAUUGUUCCAGAGUCCGUUCUGAAGAAGCGAAAGAGGGAAGAGGAAUGGGCUUUGGCGAAGAAGCAGGAGCUAGAAGCUGCGAAGAAGAAGAGAGCUGAGAGCCGCAAACUCAUCUACAACAGAGCCAAGCAGUACGCUAGGGAGUACGAUCAACAGGAGAAGGAAUUGAUUCGGUUGAAACGUGAGGCUAAACUGAAAGGUGGAUUUUAUGUGGAUCCAGAGGCUAAGCUCUUGUUUAUUAUCCGCAUUCGUGGUAUCAAUGCGAUGGACCCCAAAUCAAGGAAGAUCCUGCAGCUCUUGCGAUUGAGACAGAUCUUCAAUGGUGUAUUUCUCAAGGUCAACAAAGCCACAGUGAACAUGCUGCACAGAGUAGAACCAUAUGUGACUUAUGGAUACCCAAAUCUGAAGAGUGUGAGAGAACUUAUUUACAAAAGAGGGUAUGGAAAGCUCAACAAGCAGAGGACUGCUCUAACAGACAACUCUAUCAUUGAGCAGGCACUGGGCAAAUAUGGAAUCAUUUCAGCUGAAGAUCUUAUCCACGAGAUCAUCACUGUUGGACCUCACUUUAAGGAGGCUAACAACUUCCUUUGGCCAUUUAAGCUCAAGGCUCCCUUGGGUGGCUUAAAGAAGAAGAGAAACCACUACGUUGAGGGAGGUGAUGCUGGAAACCGGGAGAAUUACAUCAAUGAGCUAAUCAGGAGGAUGAAUUGA